GGCAACAGUUUCUAACCCAAGAAGGGAAAGGCGACGUACCGUUCAGUUCUUCGACAUUUGAGAAUCUCAAAAGUUGAACGAAAUGAGUUGGUCAUAGGUGUCUUUUGGAGACCAGGAAUUUUUUUUAGGAAUGGUCUGACUUACAACUACAACACUUAGGAGGACUGGAAAAUGAGAGGGAACUUACCGCCUAAUUUUGAGGUGCCUUCCUACCUUGUGGGGAAGUUGGAUUGCAGUUCAGGUACAUGUAUACAGCUCUGCUGUCAAGUUUUCCGAGCACCGAACUUGAUUUCGGAUACAUACCGGCAUCACACCGGCAUAUGACGCAAAUGUCAGUGUGCAGCAACAGAACGUCACCAUCCAGCUCAGUUAGUAUAUGGCUAAUGAGCUUAUCCCAGAUUUUCCUCACAUCUUGGUUUCACCACUUGUAUCUUACCAUAUAUCGAGAAGGUCAUUCAAGUGGAACCCUAGGCGCGGUAACUGUACGGGAGCUCUGUAUCCGUUGUCAGACGCGGAACGGGGUAUCUCACGCAUCCCUCGCUGCGGCCAGAUCUGGCUGCGGCCAAAUUCGGUCGCGGGUCGCCGUCACCGCCGCUCCCAAGUCAAGGAGAACAAAAGCCGGCGGUAAUAGGGGGAAAGACCCAGAUUGCUCAGUGUUCUCAUCCUCGACGCCAACCUACAAUGUCAGCGACGUGCGCCACGUGUAUGCCUCUGUGGAGAGCCAAAAAUGAUUUCUCCCAGGUGUCCCUAUCUUGCGGACGGAAGGUGAGAAGUAUGCUGCU